AGGGGACGACGGGGACGAUGAUCACAACGGUGCAGGAAGUUGUAGAGUGAGCCAAAUGAUACUGAGAGGAAUACUUCUGCGAAGAGAGUAGUGGAUGAUCAUGAUUGUUAAGUAAAAGCGCUCUAUUUUCCAGCGCUUUUACGGCUAGGAGUCGGACACUUAGAGCAAGCAAAGAUAAGACAAAAUAAUCCAAGAAAUGUUGUGACCACACAUCACCACGCUCCAACACCAUGUCAACCGCAGCGGUGCAGCUGCUCAGCUCUUCGCGAGCUGCCAGCAGCCGAUUUUCAGCGCUGCAGCGAAUCAACCCGUUGAUAUCCGGCUCUACUCGACGAAAUUUUGGCUUCGCUGCUGGCAACGCCGCAAAAGUGGACACUUCAGCGUCUUCUGAUGUGAAUGCAGGGGGUGAUCAUGGUGCGGGAGGUUUGAAAUCCGUUCUACCCGGCGCAGACCCGUCCGUGAGUCCGUAUGCGCAAGGGGAUGAGAUUCCGUAUUCUAGUUGAGACCUGUUUCAUCCUGUUCUUGUUGCGACGCAAUUCAAGUCUACUACUGCGAAGUUGUGCUGAACAAUGAUUAACAAACAAAACAUGACCACAUGAUGAUACAACAACAUAAAACCACGACAGCCCCGACGGCAUAAGAAACCAAUCCGCUUGGAAACGCAACAGUUGGUUAUGCGUUGCAAAAGUAUCGUAGUAGUAUAAACCGCAUGACAAAUUAGCUGAGCACGAGAAACGGAAUUUGUCAUGCUGAUUUGCCUUGGGAUGGAGAUUUGUAAUGCGUGACUGCGAUUGCUACGAAUGCGAUGCUUUUGCACAGGAUAUUGGUCCUCAUCCGACAACGACAAGGGCGGGUGGCGUGGGGGUGGCAAGGGCUACGGGAAAGGCGGGAACUCCUGGGGGAAAUCCUCGUGGGGCGGCGGCGGCGGUGGAGGAGGUGGCUGGAACAACAGCUACAAAUCAAAAGGCGGCUAUGGAGGUGGAUACAGUGGCGGGAAAGGAAGCUAUGGCGCGUAUCGUCUUUUUGCUCAUGAACACGAUCGUCACGACCUUUCAUGUUUAUGAUCAUAUGCUCUUUCAAAUUUGAUACAUCGAUGAAGCUCUACAAUCUUUGAGGAUCAUUGCAGAUGAAAGCUUCGCAACAUGUUAUUGCUAUCAAAACCAACAGGAAAUCUUCCUUCCAGAAGAAGCCUUUUCCCCAGAAGAUCUCCGGGCCGGUGCAGGGCUCAGAAAAACUAGAUUUCGGCCGCCACGCAGAGAAAACGUUCCAAGAAGUGUGCACGAGUGAAGGGCAAUACGUGGACUGGAUGGUCAGGCAAGCUUUCGAGAAGGCGGAAAGACCACUGUCGAGUGGGCAGCUGCGAUUUGUGGUACUACAACUUACAUUUUUUGAAAGUAAAACUUCAAUGAACAGUGUGCACUUGUUGGGAAGACAUUGAUGAGCAGUUGCAUUCAAAGCUCUACACUUCCCUCAUGUUGAAUAAAUCAGGCCUACGCACUCUACGCAAGACAAAACCCGGCCAUGCUGGACACCGAGCCCACAGUUUUCGAAGCACCAAAGAACUUUCUCCAGGGGAAAAAUAUCGUCUACACGGGGGCCACUCCGUGGGGAAAGGAUGUACAGUAGUUUUUCAUCGUUUUUUCAACUACAGUUGUGUGCUGGACAGUGAUAUCUUGUUCACCUACAUGAACAUACAUGCAGCCUGCAAUGUGAAGGUCAACAACAACAUUGGUGAAAAAGCAACUAUCCAGGAUGUCACCAAACUGUUCGAGACCUACGGAGCCAAGGUUGCAACGGGGGUUUCACGGAAAACGAGCUACUGUGUCUUGCUGAACGAGAAGACGGAUAGCAUGGGCAAAGACGUGAAAUUGACGUCCAAGUACAAAAGUGCGGUCGAGAAGAAAAUUGAGAUUGUCACGUUGGAAGAUUUGAUGCGCAAGGCAGUAGAGGAAAACGAAAAAAAACCAUCUGCGGAGAAGGAGCCAUUAGUGCAGCAGGAGAUGAGAAUUGCGGGAUUUUGAAGAUUUUGCUGGGAAGCUGGCGGAAUGGCGACGAAGAUGAAUGAUACUGAUGUAAUCCGACUGUGUUUUUUUCGAAAACUGAUUUUACACAGAAAAAUUUUUGGAUAAUUUCAAACGGUUCUGUUUUGAUGAUAGCUUCUAGUUUCGAUAAUUUUAUUUCUAGGCAAGGUUUUGAUUUUGUGCAGUGGUUCGAUGCCGAUAGCAAUGUUUCUAACUUCUAGCCGUGAUAAUUACUGUUAAAUUUUUGCUUUGGAAGAUUGAUACACGAGGACUUCCGGAGGGAACAGCAAAUAAUUUCAGAGAAAAAGACUAACUUGCACUUGUGUGGUGUUUCGACGAGGCGCUCUUUUCCCGAAGUAAAAAUGGACAGGAAACAAACCUGAU